AUGGCGUCGUUUCUCCAACUUCCCCACGAAUUGCAAGAAAUCAUCCUCGAAUACGCGCUCAUCACACCAGCGUCACCCCCUGUGGAUCCUUGGACAGGCAAGGAGAACCGUCAACCACUGCAUGAUGUCGACUACAAAGCUUGGAGUUUCGGUCCUAACAACACUCUAUACGAUACGUCCCAGCAGGAUGACUUGGCUGGCACGUCUUCAGCCCUACUACGCACGAGUUGGCAAAUCCAUGAGGAGACGAAGGGCAUCCUGGACCGAAUGGCACGCCCCUGUUACCUGCUGGACGUGAUGAUAGUCCACGGUUUGGAGCUGUGGCCAACGUGGCUAUCCGUCCCGGUCCUUCGAACUCACCUAGACGAGGUGCGCGUCACGUUUCGCAUCUUCGGCCACUGUAUUUCACGCGAGGGAAUGCGAUCUACCUUGGGAGAUGGUGGACACAACGGCCCCGAGUGGUGUUUUUACGCAUUGCUGGAGCGGUUCCUAGUGCAUGGUCCCGUCACAUCACGUCAGCCCGGCAAACACCAAGAGAAGAAGGUGUACGUGAAGACGCUGACGAUCAACUUUGAAUCUGCUGCCGAUGAGGAACAUCCCCUCCCUCCGCCAGAGUUGACUUGGAAGGACUACUUCCGGUACAAAAUGAGGGUUAAGGACGGCCCAGAUUUGUCACACUAUGCCAUGCGACCCGAAUGGUUAGCCAACAGCCUGCGUGGCCAAAUCGCCAGCCUUCUGGCCCUGAGCUCUUACACAACGCGAUACGGUGUCUUCCUAUACGAACACAUCGGCAGCAUUCGCGUCCUGGUAGAGGGCGAAUUUGUAGAAGAGUUUGACCUAGCGAAACAGCUGGCACCCAUGAAAUAUGAUUGCGACAUAGCAAACUUUAGCCGAGACCCAAGUCGGGAGUAUUUCUGGAGGUGGAAGAGACGAGCGCAGAGAGUCAGGCAGGAGGCGGGGUUACCGGUGAUCUGGGCGGACGAUCCAGAGUUUGCAGAGUAUCCUGAGGAUUGA